UGUCCAAAAGCAAAGGGACAGCACAAAUAAAACCAAAUAAGCCCCGGGGGGGGAGGAAGUCAAGCGUAUUAUUGCUGAUGGGAGCAAUUAGAUAGUUUUGGGUAAGUGGUGGAUAUUUCUCAGUCUGUUCCUCUCAUCUUUCUACUUUGUGGAAUUUACUUCCCAGCUAUGGGUGUCUACAAUUUCAUGAUCAUCACCAUUGUAAUGGGGUUGGGCUUCCAAGCUCGGACUCUGGCAUCUCAGAACCUGAAUUGCAACCCAAAAGAUAUGAGUGCACUGCAGGAUUUCAUGAGAGGUUUGAAUACAGUGGUCGAUGGAUGGAGCACCAAUUUCUCUUCCAAUUGUUGUAUGUGGACAGGCAUAACAUGCACUUCAUCAUCAUCUUCGGAUGAUGGCAGAGUAAUAAAGUUGGAGCUUGGGAAGAAGAGACUAGUAGGAAAACUUUCUGAUUCAUUAGCCACUUUGGAUCAGCUUACAACUCUUAACCUCUCUCAGAACAUCCUUCAAGGCACACUUCCACAGUCAAUGUUUCACUUGCCAAAUUUACAGGUUCUAGAUUUGAGCUCUAAUGAUUUCUCUGGGCUUGUUCCUACUAGUAUCCAUUUGCCUUCAAUCCAAAUCCUCGAUCUUUCUCGAAAUUCCUUAAUUGGGAACCUUCCCUCAAGUGUUUGUGAUAAUUCCUCUAAACUCCAAAUAUUGAAUCUUGCAGAAAACUACUUCUCUGGUAAUCUUCCUCCAGAACUUGGAAACUGUAGUUCCUUAGAAUCACUUUCUCUCCACAUGAAUGAUCUCACAGGUGGUAUAUCUGAAGGUAUACUUUGGCUGCGAAAGUUGACUUUGUUAAAUCUCCAAGUGAACAAGCUUUCAGGUCCACUGAACAGAGGUAUUGGCAACCUUACUAAGCUUGUUCGUUUGGAUGUCUCCUCUAAUGGGUUUACAGGAAAUAUCCCAGAUAUUUUUCACCACUUUGCAAACCUACAGUACUUUAUAGGUCAUUCUAAUUGUUUUACUGGUUCUAUACCUUCCACCUUGUCAAACUCUCCUACUCUCAAUUCGUUAAUCCUGAGAAACAAUUCAUUGGAAGGUCCAAUUAAUCUUAAUUGUUCUGCAAUGAUUAGUUUGACCUCUCUACAUUUAGGUUCAAAUAGGUUUAGUGGACCUAUUCCUGAUAAUCUUCCUUCUUGCAAACGUUUGACUAAUUUAAAUCUUGGUCAGAACAACUUGGGAAGUCUACUACCAGAAAGCUUCAAGGACUUCCAUAGUCUGUCUUAUCUUUCUCUUUCAAAUACCAGCACCUAUAAUAUUUCUUCAGCACUAAGAAUCAUGCAGCAUUGUCAAAACAUUACAGCUCUGAUCCUCGCAACCAACUUUCAUGAUGAAGAGCUGCCUGCAGAUCCCUCUCUGCAUUUUGAUAAGCUUAAGGUUCUCAUUCUUCCAAAUUCUAGACUCACUGGUUCAAUACCUCAAUGGAUGGGUCAUAGCAGCAAGUUGGAAUUUUUGGAUUUGUCAUCGAACCGCUUGAGUGGAAAAGUUCCUAUCUGGAUCGGCAAUUUUGGAUUCCUCUUUUUCAUGGACUUGUCAAAGAACUCAUUAACUGGAGAGAUUCCGAAAAGCAUAGCUGGGUUAAGAGGUUUUAUUGAUAGGGAUAGCUCAUUGGAGGGACCAUCCCCAGAUUUCCCCUUUUUCAUGAGGAAUGGUUCCAAUGCAAGAGAUAUGCAGUAUAAUAAACUCUGGAGUUUUCCACCCACCCUGGACUUAAGCUAUAACAAUCUUAGUGGACACAUUUGGCCAGAGUUUGGGAAUCUGAGAAAGCUCCAUGUUUUGAACCUAAAAGAGAACAACAUUUCUGGAGCAAUCCCGAGUACUAUGUCAGGAAUGACCAACUUAGAGACUCUUGAUUUGUCUUAUAACAAGCUUUCAGGGACAAUACCGCCUUCAUUGGUAAAGCUCAGCUUUCUUUCCAAGUUUAGUGUUGCAUACAAUGAAUUGUAUGGGGAGAUCCCUUCAGGAGGGCAGUUUUCAACCUUUCCAAAUUCAAGCUUUCAAGGAAAUAAUCUGUGUGGUGGUGAUCACGCUCUCCCUUGUGCACCAGAUGAUCAACAUCAUAGUGAACCACUUGAUGAAUCAAGCUGGAGCAUUAUAAACAGUGGCAUUUUCAUUGCAGUGGCUAUUGGGUUUGCAUUUGGAUUUUUUGGAAGCAUUAUUUGCUGCAACAUCAAAAAGAUAUGGCUUCCGUGGAAAAAUCACUAUGACUAGUUCUAAAUAUAGGACGUUUGGUAGUCAACCUGAGGCAAUGCAGGAAAGCAAUGGUGCUGUCAUAUUGCUCUUCAGGAGGGAAAAGACUGUGUAGGUGCCGUUACCAGAAGUAAGCGCCAGUUCCAUCUUCUUUUUUUUAUCUAUAUGUAUCCUACUUUUUGUCUCUAUAUUUGUACUGGUUAUUAAAUUCUUGAAAUAGCCUAAAAAAAAGUGGGUAAUCUUAUAAAUAUUCUGAUAUUGUCAAGUAACCAUCUUUAAUAUUUUGUGAAAUUCAUUUGCAUGGAUGGCCUUCCUCUGA